AUAUUUUGUAAUAUUACAGAGAUUUUGUAAUUACUUUUAUAUGUAAAAAAAUAUAAGUACAUUCCAUUUUUAUAUUGUCUUUUAUUGCAUACCGCUAACCAUAGGUACCUACUAAAAAUACCACAUGCUAAUUCCGAUAGAUGGCGAUUCAUCAUUGGCCUGUUCCAGCCUGUAUACCUGGCAGGUGGCUGGCUAUCUUGGGACUCUCCCACGGAUCUGUUGUUAUACCUAUGUAGGUAUAAUAAAUAUUAUAGGGUAGUGCUGGCUCCGCACUUUUCGGCUCUUGCAGUAUAAAAGUUUUUUCUUAAAAAUAAAUCAGAAUAAUUACGGACGGCUUUCCUCUGUCAGAUUCAAGCUUCUCUUUAUGGUCUAAGCAGAAGGUUGGGAGAAUGCAUCAAGGCACAGAGUACACUGCGAGAAGUUUGGUUGUACAACACUGUCACGUAAUUCACCAUCUAGUCUAUGAUCACCACUGAGGAAAAAAACACUAGUAAUCACGUCAAAAUAAUCCAAGGAAAAUUGGAAAAUCAGAGGAAAAUCACUAUAAUAUUAAUAUAGUAGUCUAUGAAAUUACUAAUCAUCUGUCUCCUAUAGGCACAAAAUACUUUGUAGGUUCUUAAAUUAUGUGUACCUACCAUUUACCUACCUUCUUAUGUGAUGUAAGCCUGCUAUCUACCUACACAAUUAAUUAGCAACGUUAUGGUCAUGGCCGAAAAACCAGCAACUACUUCCAAAUCAGUGUUAAGGAUUACAUGUGCUUGUAUAGUGGUCAUUUUCAUAAUCACUUUAUCAGCCUAUCAAUCGGCCUCACCACCACCGCCAGUAGCACCGAGAAUGCCAUCCUUGCAGUGGUGGACCGAUGGGUUCCCCGACCGACAUAGCAACCAGAUCAUACACUGCUCCAAGCGUGAGGUGUGCCGUGUGACCGACAAAAGACGUGGUCCACUGAAAUCUGAUGCAUACAUGUUCUACGCAUCUUCCAUCGAGAUACAAGACCUUCCCUUACCCCGGAAUCCCGACAAAAAUGUGUGGGCCUUAUAUCACGAGGAAUCGCCGAGAAAUAUGCCCGAAUUAAUGCAUGAACCGUUCUUAAAGUUGUUCAACUACUCAGCGACUGUAAGUCGACGCAGUAACGUUCCACUAACGUUUCAAUAUUUGAAAAGUUUGGACAAUAUCACCAGUGCAAAGUACUUCGUCAGUACAGAGAAAAAGAACUCAUAUUUGAAUUAUUUGGCGCCCAUAUUGUAUUUGCAGUCGCAGUGUUGUACGACUACUGAACGAGACGUGUAUGUGAAAGAGCUCAUGAAAUUAAUCCCAGUAGAUUCUUACGGCGAUUGUUUGAAUUAUAAAAAGCUACCACUUGAUAUGAAAGAGGACUACUUGAACAAGCUGAACGAUGACGCCUUUCUGAAGUUUAUAGCAAGAUAUAAGUUUGUUAUAGCGAUAGAGAAUGGCGUCUGUGAUGAUUAUAUCACCGAAAAGUUUUGGCGCGCUAUCCAAGUCGGCAUUGUGCCUAUCUACUUCGGAUCUCCAACAAUCGAGGACUUUUUCCCCAAUAAUAAAUCUGCAAUAUUACUAACACAAUAUCCUAAUCCAAAAUUGCUCGUAAAAUACAUCCACCAGUUAAAUUCUAACGAUAAACUAUACGAGGAAUAUUUAAUGCACAAGAUCGAAGGAGUCAUUUCAAACCAUAUAUUGUUGGAUGACUACGCGAAGUAUCCGUUUUCAAAGGAUGGCAACGUUAGAAAGUUUGAAUGCUUUAUUUGCAAUAAAAUAUAUAAAAGAUGGCGUGGCGUCAGGGAGCGAGCUAUAGUCAAUGAAAGCCAUUACAAAUGUCCGAAGCCUAUAUCCGCUCUAUCCCUAGCUGUCAAUAACGAGAAUCAAUGGGUCCACGUUUGGGAACAUGCGUUACAAACAGCGCAAACACUUUUUGAAUAUGUUUAAAAACCUUAACUCGAGUUGAGGCUCCUAGAUUUCCUUCUAAUUUUUAUAAGCUUUUUUAUACCAAUAAUGCAAGUAUAAGACAUUUGUUUGUAUUUUUUAAUUAUUUAUCUAUGUUUAAAAAUAAACAAAUGUAUACAAUAUUUCAAUAUUAA